AUGGCUGCCCCUCGCCCUCAGCACCUGCUGUGUCUGAGCCUCAGCGCCCUCGUCGUCGCCGUCUUCGCCUCGCCGACCUCCGCCUCCGCCAGGUUCUCGCCGCGGCCGCCCUUCCUGUUCCACGAGCGCGAGAAGGAGCAGGGGCAGCCGAAGCCCCGAGUUGAGUCCUCGAAGCGCUCGCGAGAGGACUUCAACUCCGACCUCGUCCAGUUCUUCUCGGAGGAGCAGGUGCAGGAGGCCACCAAGAUCCAGUACAAGUCCAUCCCUGAGCCGGUCAUCUACACGUCGCAGGUCCUCCAGCAGGGCGUCAGCUGCUCGACGCUGCACUCGGAGAUGCACGAGAACUACAUCAAGCCCGAGCUCAGACUCCGCCCCGAGUGGAUCUACGAGUCCAAGCUCAUCGGCGACUGCCCCACGCACUACGUCACCCGCGAGCUGCCGUCCAUCUACUCGCCCUCGACGGUGCUGGAGGCUGUCUGUGCCUGCGGGGGCUCCCAGUGCUCCGAGGACGGCCACCAGUGCGUCCCCGUGUCACGCCACGUCCCCGUGUGGGUGCGUCGGGGGCCCAACCUCCAUGUACUCGACGUCGAGGAACUGACGGUGGCGUGUGCCUGCGCCCGGAGGCCCAGCGCCGGCGGGAACUUCAUCUUCAACGCGGCGGUCGAGAGCUAA